CCUCGCCCCGCCGCCGCCGACCUCACUCCUCACUCGCCUCACCGCCGCCGCCGCCUCCCUCCGCCGUCCCGAGCCCCGGAUCUCCCGCCAUGUACGGCGGAGAUGAGGUCUCGGCCAUCGUCAUCGACGUGGGGUCCUACAGCUGCAAGGCGGGGUAUGCCGGUGAUGACACCCCCAAGGCCGUCUUCUCCUCGGUUGUUGGUUCAAUUGAACAAACGGGAGAAACUGAGGAAGCAAAGGCAGACAAGGAUGCUGACACUGCAUCAGAUUCUAAGAAUGGAGCUAAACCUAUGGAUGUUGACAAAGCCAAGACAAAGCGCAAAUUGUAUGUUGGUCAAGAAUUGGAUUUCAGGAGGGAUCAUAUGGAGGUGAUUUCACCAAUGAAAGAUGGAACAGUUACUGAUUGGGAUAUUGUUGACAAUAUAUGGAAUCAUGCUUUCAGGCAGCGGCUACUGAUCAAUCCUGAGGAGCAUCCUAUGUUGAUAGCUGAACCAUCUACAAACACUGGACAGCAAAGAGAAAAAGCAGCAGAACUUAUGUUUGAGAAGUACAAAGUGCCAGCAUUGUUCCUAGCGAAGAAUGCGGUUCUCACAUCUUUUGCAUCUGGACGUGCUACAUCUUUGGUAGUUGACAGUGGUGGUGGGUCUACUGUGGUUGCUGCUGUUCACGAUGGUUAUGUCUUGCAGAAGUCUGUGGCAACUUCUCCAAUUGGUGGUGAAUUUUUAACUGACUGUAUGAUGAAAAGCUUGGAGAGCAAGGGCGUUGUUAUUAGGCCCAGGUAUUCAUUUAAGAAGAAGGAAGUCAGCCCUGGCGAAUAUAAGGUUGUAGAUCUUGAUUUGCCAAACACAACUGAGAGUUACAAGUUAUACUGCAUGAGAGCUAUUGCUAGUGAUAUCAAGGAGUCUGUUUGCAGAGUUCCAGAUACUGCCUUCGAUGAAGUGGCAUAUGCAAAUGUUCCCACAACUUCAUAUGAGCUUCCAGAUGGACAAACCAUUGAAGUUGGUGCGGAUAGAUUCAAGAUUCCUGACAUUUUGUUUAAUCCAUCUCUUUCUCAGACUAUUCCUGGAGUUGAUGGAUUUGCAGAUACCAUGUCAAGUCGUGGUCUUCCACGAAUGGUCAUUGAUAGUGUAAAUAGGUGUGAUGUUGACAUUCGCAAGGAGCUACUUAGCAGUAUUCUGCUUUCAGGUGGCUCAUCAUCGAUUCUGCAGUUGAAGGAGCGGCUAGAGAAAGAAGUUCUUGAGGAGUCUUCUGGUAAUACUCGUGUAAAGGUUUUGGCAAGUGGAAAUUCAGUAGAGAGGCGAUUCAGUGUUUGGAUUGGAGGGAGCAUUCUUGCAUCUCUCGGCUCGUUCCAGCAAAUGUGGUUCUCCAAAGCAGAGUACGAAGAGCAUGGUGUAUCCUACAUCCAAAGGAAGUGUCCAUGAAACUGGGGAACCUUGCCACCGAGUUGUAUCGCCAAAGGGUGCAUGAUGCAGACGCGAUUACUGCCACCCUGUUGUUGAGCUAUCAUGACUAUCAUCAGACUAUUUAUCAUCAUUAUGCUAUGACUAGUUAGUUUGUAGAUUUUUGAGGGCAACAUAAAAAACCAAUCUAGCUAAAAUACCUGUCCAUCCUUGAUGGUAGAUCCUAGUUCAUGUGUUGAAUCUUUUCUCCCUGCUGUAGAAUGUAAUGAGUUGCUCUCAAGUCUGUAUUUUAGAGUAUAUUUUCAAUUAUUUGGGAUCAGCUGAUUGUUGUACUACUGAUACACCACCAACUUAGUUAUGUCAGCAGUUGUUGAACUUAAAACAUUGGGUUAGCUAAGAGUGGUCUUGAUUGUAGUUGUUAA